AUGUUAUGUGUGCGGACAGUCAGGUACAGGGUUCUGGUCAAUGGGAAGCCGAGUGAGGAGAUCUUGCCCACGAGGGGUCUAAGGCAGGGUGAUCCCCUGUCACCCUACCUUUUUAUCAUCUGUGCGGAGGGCUUGUCUUUAUUAUUGCAGGAUGCCCAGGCUAAAGGACGAAUACAUGGCUGCAGAGUGGCUCGUGGGGCCCCUCCCAUCUCUCAUCUCUUCUUUGCGGAUGACAGCCUACUAUUCUUCAAGGCAAAUAUGCAGGAAACUAUGGUGGUGAAGCGUUGUUUGGAAACAUACGAGCAGUUCUCGGGUCAAUCGGUAAACUUCCAUAAGUCUAAUAUCUCUUUUAGUCGUAAUACCCUAUUGUUGGACAGGGAUGCUAUUGCUAUGAGUUUAGGGGUGGAGCAGGCGGAGGAUUUUGGUAAAUAUUUGGGACUCCCCUCAGUUGUUGGUAGGAACAGGAAAUUUGUUUUCUCCUCUGUGGAGCAGAAAUUGAGGCAAAGGUUCGGUUCGUGGAAUAAGAGGCUGCUUUCUAUGGCAGGUAAAGAGAUACUACUCAAGAGCGUGGCACAAGCUAUGCCUACGUACACUAUGAGUAUUUUUCUGUUGCCUGUAUCCUUGUGUGCUUCUUUGGAAAGAUUGAUGAAUAGGUACUGGUGGGGAAAGAGUACUACAACGGAUGGUAUACAUUGGAUGAACUGGGAUAGAAUGUGCGUGCCCAAGAAGUAUGGUGGUAUGGGUUUUAAGAAGCUACAUGAGUUUAACUUGGCACUUUUAGGGAAGCAGGGUUGGCGACUAUUAACCAAGCCGGAUUCCUUAAUGGCCAGAAUUUUUAAGGCAAGAUACUAUCGUGAUACUACCUUUUAUGAAGCUACCCUAGGUGGAAACCCGAGUUAUGUAUGGAGGAGCAUUAUGGCGAGUCAGAACCUGAUUCAUAGUGGCUGCAGGCGCAGAAUUGGGGACGGUAGAACUUCUAAGGUAUGGUUUCACCCGUGGUUGCCUGACUCCCAGAAUCCGUUUAUACUAACGGAUCAGGUGGCCCAGCAGUCAGAUCUUAUGGUCGCUGAUCUGUUGGAUCUUGAGCAGGGGAAAUGGAACCAGGAUUUAAUUGCUCAGUUGUUUGUUCCCAGGGACGUGGAAUUAAUUUCACAAAUCCCUGUGAGCACUAAUUUCAAGGAUGACUGGUUUUGGAAAUGGGACAUUAGGGGACAAUAUUCAGUAAAAGAUGGUUAUAGGUGCCAAGGGGAGUUGACCAAUCUCCCACAAGCAGUUUGGAACAACAUUUGGAAGCUCAGGUGGGUGGAGGCUUGGUUGGGUUGCUCAGCAACGUCUGCUGGGUUUCUAAAAGAACAAAUUUGUGGAAUACUCUACGAAAUUUGGAGAGCCCGGAAUAUGGCUGUUUGGGACUCUUUUCUACCGACCCCCUCGCAUCUUUGUCACGCUUUUCAUGGAUAUUGGUCUGCCUACUCCACGUUUCACCCGCCGGCUGCGCCUUCCGCAUCACCUGCGCCCGUACCCCCGGUUGUCCCCCAAGAACCGGCUGUCCACCCACUGCCGGCUGCUCAUCUGCCUGCUACUGUACUGCCGGCAGUCUCGGAGUCCACGCUGUUGCCGCCUGGAGGAGUAUUCUGCUUCACGGACGCUGGUUUCCCCGGAGCAUCCCCGACUUAUGGUUUUUAUAUAUGUAACGCACACGGAGGGUUGGAGGCGGCUGCUAACGGACCACUUAUAUGUCCAAAUGAUCCCCUCCUAGCUGAAGCAAUGGCAGUACGUGAGGCCCUUUCAUGGCUACGGGACCAUGACUUCCAGGAUGUGGUGAUUUUUACAGACUGCGCGGUCCUGGUUUCUUCCUUCCACGAUGUGACUACCUAUCGCUCGUAUCUAGGAAUUAUUUUGGAUUCAUGUUUACAGUUGUUUCGUUCUUUUCAUUCAUGCUCCAUUAAAUUUGUGCGCAGAGAUGCCAAUACGGUAGCUCAUGCUUUAGCAAAGCAUAUUAGUGCGCCUGACUCUCAUUCUGUCUGGAGGGGCUUUCUUCCUUCCUUUGUUCUGGUUACAGUUUAA